AUGAAAUUUUUUAACAUAUUUCCACUUAAGAGUAAUUUAACAGAAAAUACUUAUAAAAAUAAUAUUGUUACUGAAAAAAUAGUUCAAAAUAUUAAUCAGGAAAUUUUAUAUGAAUCAUUCAUUUCAAUAGAUGCUGUUGUUUUUCAAAUAGGUGCAUACAAUCUGGAUAAGGGUGAAAUAAAUAUUUUAGUAGACAACAUUAUUAAAGCAAAAGAAUUGUUAUCUUAUGAUAUUUCGAGUCUUAAGAAAUACUUUAGCAAUAGUCUUAUUGAUAAUUCAAGCAAUGAUUUGAGAACAGUUUUGGAAUUUAGAAACGAUUUACUAAAACAAGAUACAUCAAAUAUUUUUGGAGAGUUAAUUAAUAAUAAAAGAAACGAGUUAUUAAAUAGAAUGCACAAGUAUAAUAAAAUGAGGUUAAAAAAGUAUGCAAAUAAUGAUGUUGAGUAUAGAGAAAUGAUAUUUAGAUUGAGGGAUAAUUUAUUAAAUGGUGAUAACAUGUAUAAAAAAAUUUUACUUGAAAAAAGAGAGUUUUAUAAGAAUAAAAUUGAUGUACCUGAGAAUGAGAUAGAGAAAAUGAUAAUAUCUUUAUCAUUAGGUGGUUAUGUUAUAAGAAUACCGAAAUUAGCAGAAACUGUAUUUAAAAUGUAUUCACAUGACAAAGCAUCUAAGGUAAAAAUAUGGGUUAAAGAGAUAAUGAAAUCGGUAUCAGAUUUAGAAAGUAUAACGAAAACUAAAAAUUUACUUGAACAAAAAGAGAUUUUAAAGGAAUACUUGAUGGAUUUUAUAACGAAUAAUUCAAAAAUAUCUGAAAAUCUAUUAAAAGUAAAAUCUGAAAUAACAUCAGAGAUAGCGAAGAAUUAUGAGGAUUUGAUAAAAGAGAAUAUCGAACAAGUAAAUGAAAUCAGAAAAUUGAUUAAAUUGAUUGACCAUAUUUCAAAAGGUCAUAUAAACAUAAAAUAUAGCACCACACUUACUGAUAAAUAUAUAAAGUUUUUGUUAUCAGAAAGUGAUAAAGAUAAAAGAGAAUUAUUAAAAGAAUUUAAAUAA